CUAUAUUUUCUUGCUCUGUGGCCGUUAACAGCAGACUGCAACAACAGCAUCCUUGGCUCGCCAUUUAGGCUCCCUGAUCGUUCUCUAGCAUACAGAUAUAUUUGAGGCAUUUUUGUCACCUGGGUUUGCCGGCAAGCCCAGCGUUGCGCCUUUCCACAGGGCGGCUUGGUCAUAUCAUGGCACGAAUAUCGCAUCCUUCACAAAUAAAACAGCAAGCAGCUUCCAAAGGAUGAGCUGGAGCUUUGCACGCUAUGAAGCAAUAGCCUGGUGAUUUUUGCAGCUGUCCUUCUCUACAAACAAGCUGCCGGAAACAACUCCUCCCAUCACAGUUUCUUUUGAUUCAUCUGCUUUGGAUCUUGCCAGUGUUCGACAAUGUUGAUGCCAUCGCAACGUCGACGGCCAAAAAGGCCUUUGCCUGAGACUGAGGCUGGCCCUGCUCGUGGACCGGGUCGACCGAUGAAACGAGCAUCGGAAUUGAAACCCUCACGGAAAGCCCGAACAGAACAUGCUAAACGACUACACUCUCAAAUGUCGGGCUCGAUGAUGACCUCGUCCACAUCGAGUGCUGGUGCUCAGCCAGACGCAGCUCAAGGCCGGUUAAGCCUAUCUCACCUCGAGACCCUUCCCGUCGAAUUGAUCCAACAUAUUUUCUUCCUCUCUUUCGAGGUGAACAUGGCACGGGCAUCACCGCAGCUGGCCCGCGUCCUUUCCAAGCCUUCAAUCUACAAGGCCCUGGUGCUAUUCGCGUAUUUUGACGAACCGGCCGAUAAGAUUCCCGUGGAAACUCACCAUUUCUUACCGGCUGAGUAUCGACAAAUCAGCCUUGACGAGAAGAUGCGGCUACAAAGGGCCAUUCUAGGGUGCAAGUGGUUUACUCUGGAUCUGUUCAAGUCUUGUAUGCCCAUAUUGAGUCGGCUGCAAAUGGUCGAGGAGUGGCAUUGGGAGCAUCGAUCCGAGGCGCUUUUGGACAUGUCAUUAGAGGGUCAUGGGCUGGUCGCUGGACCAUCGCAGGAUCCAGGAGAGCAAGCAGAAUUCUUACAAUCUGUGGCUGCCCUUCCUUCUCUUGACGACCAGGCCGGGAUGGAAAGGCACUUUUUCGCGACACUAGAGCCUGCGGCGGUGGCAGCAUCGUUCUCCGUCGUCGGAUCAGAUCCGCAACACCCGAACCACCAGCAUCCAGAUGCCCCGGUUCAAUCGCAGACAGGACAAGGUUCAUCAUCUCAGGUGGUCGGCCCUAUAGGCGCCAGGAACACCCUGCCUCGAAUCAUGCGCUGGACAUGCUCAGUCGACACUCACGGCCGACUGCACAAAACACCCGAGCAGGGCAUCAGCAUCCUCGCCGCACGCGUUUUUCCCGACCACAUCCUCCGCGGCAGUCCAUGGACAGAAUUGAAACUGGAACUCGUACAACUUCUACGCCAAGGCAUGCGAUUUCUGGCCCGCGAUCACGUCCUUGACAUCUCUGCCACGGCACUUUUCGAAGGCAUGGCCAGCGCCAUCCGCGAAAGAAACGAAACGGCACUAUUGGUUCUGUUGGAAUUACACUAUGCUACUAUGCGCUUCGACCCGAGUCAUGACCCGGAUUGGUUCCAAGGCACGACGCCGCCUGUUCCGAAAGGCCCGGACCGGUACUUUGUUGGCCCUCUUGCGCAUCCUUUGCCGGUUGAGCUUUUUCAUCUGGCUGUGAAAAAACAUACAGGUACCCAUGUACACUGGCAUUCAGGGGUGGAAGAUAGGGAUCGCGACCACAACCAUAACCACAAAUCCGACGUGAGCAGCAGCCACGGGCACGGAGCAAAAGAGUCCACUAGUGCUGCUACUACUACACCCGCCCGUGUUUUGACACUUUUGCUACGCGAAGGCAUUGAUAGCAUUCAGUCCGACGACAAGAUUCUUACUCGCUGGGCGGCACAUACGUUAAAUUUACCUGUGGACUCCACACAAUCGUUUUCUUCGGCGUCAUCAUCGUCCGCAACAGCACCGGCACCGGCACCAGCAUCGGCGUCACAGUCUUCUCUCUCCUUCGAACGUUCCCUAGCUCGCUGGCUUCUAGACUUCAUGUCCGGAACCAACACCGACGUGACUCACCAUCUACCCCCGACCGAGCCACUCUUUGUCAAUGGGAGAUUGUCUUCGCGACUUAGUGAUUUGGGCGGUGAAGGUUCUGCUUCUUCUUUGACAGCGACUCUGUUUCCAAACACGUCAUUCACCGAAGAGAUUGGGUAUCUUACCCAUGGGGAGGACGGGGAGGAUGUUGUUAGAGCGAGAGAUGGAGAACCUUGUGGGUGAUAAGGUGGUCAACGGUCACCCCAAUCUAUCUUUCAGCACUGCGGUAUCUUGAAAUAUUCCCCUUUGGCCAUCAUAAUAUUGAAAGCUUGCCGUAAUGACAUCUAGUGCUUGUGCGGUUUAAGCGGGCGCCGGCGAAUCUGUAGGAAUGCAUGUACUAUUUUGGGAGAAACAAAUAAGACAAUGCAAUUAGAGGACCGCAGAUCGAUUUAAGAGGUGCCUUUUCCUCUGCAAUCGAUUCUUGAUGAUCUACUGAGCGUUUUAUAUUCAUACCUUACUUUUUGU